AUGACGACGGACAUGAAAAAACAGUUGCUAGAGGUGGAUAAUGACAAGGAAAUGAUAGAAAGCUCAAUGGGUGAACUGAGAGUGAAAGAGGCAGAAAUGGUGAGAGAAAAAGACAACAUGGAUAACAAGAUGGCUCGGCUCAAAGAGGAAGAGGAUGGAAUGCGGGAAGAAAUAGGAAGGAAGAUGGACAUCUUAAAGCAGGAAAGUUGUGAAAUCAAAAGACUUAGAGAUGAAAUUGACAGUGAAAAGGACCAGCUGAAUGCAAAAUUGCUUGAGUUGGAAAAAAUGCGUGAAGAACUAGAUAGAGAGAAGAAGGAAGUGAAAGACAGGAAGGAUGAAACACUGAAAGAGAAAGAUCAGUUGGAAGAGAGGCGAGGUGAGAUAAGUAAGGAGAAAGAGGAAUUGGAUAUCAGUCUUGAACUGAUGAAAAGACAAAGGGAAGACUUGACAAGCUUGAAGGCUGAAGCAGAAGCACAGACCGAGCCUAUGGAAAUAGACUGGAAGGAAAAGCUCACGAGGGAAAGACAACAACUUGAAGAUGUAAAGGAGGAGAUACAGAAGGAAAAAGAAGCCUUUGAGAGAAAGAAGGGAUUGACCAUGAAAGAAAGAGAUGAGUUUGAUCUGAUGAAGUCUGAAACCCAGGGACAAUUGGAGGAAAUAGAACAAAACAAACAAGACAUUCGUGUGGAGAAGGAAAAGCUAGAUCAGAUCAAAGCUGAGUUAGAAAGCCGGUCUGAAGACGUAAAUCAGAUCAUGGAUGAGACAAGACGGGAGAGGGGGAAGGUUGAAGAACUGGCUAUCCAAACUCAAAAACAAAGAGAAGAAAUGGUGGGUUUUAUGGAAAAGAACAAACAAAAGCAGAACGAACUGGAACUCAUGAAUGACAAGAUUGAAAGAGAGAACCAAGACAUCGAAGAAAGUCGGGAUGUGCUAACAAAGGAGAGAGAGGAGCUGGAACAAAUGAGGAGUCAGAUACAGCAACAGAGAGAGGAGACAGAAUCUCACAUGGAAGACCAAAUGAAAGAGAAAGAACAUUUGGAACAAAUGACGACAGACAUGAAAAAACAGUUGCUAGAGGUGGAUAAUGACAAGGAAAUGAUAGAAAGCUCAAUGGUUGAACUGAGAGUGAAAGAGGCAGAAAUGGUGAGAGAAAAAGACAACAUGGAUAACAAGAUGGCUCGGCUCAAAGAGGAAGAGGAUGGAAUGCGGGAAGAAAUAGGAAGGAAGAUGGAUAUCUUAAAGCAGGAAAGCUGUGAAAUCAAAAGACUUAGAGAUGAAAUUGACAGUGAAAAGGACCAGCUGAAUGCAAAAUUGCUUGAGUUGGAAAAAAUGCGUGAAGAACUAGAUAGAGAGAAGAAGGAAGUGAAAGACAGGAAGGAUGAAACACUGAAAGAGAAAGAUCAGUUGGAAGAGAGGCGAGGUGAGAUAAGUAAGGAGAAAGAGGAAUUGGAUAUCAGUCUUGAACUGAUGAAAAGACAAAGGGAAGACUUGACAAGCUUGAAGGCUGAAGCAGAAGCACAGACCGAGCCUAUGGAAAUAGACUGGAAGGAAAAGCUCACGAGGGAAAGACAACAACUUGAAGAUGUAAAGGAGGAGAUACAGAAGGAAAAAGAAGCCUUUGAGAGAAAGAAGGGAUUGACCAUGAAAGAAAGAGAUGAGUUUGAUCUGAUGAAGUCUGAAACCCAGGGACAAUUGGAGGAAAUAGAACAAAACAAACAAGACAUUCGUGUGGAGAAGGAAAAGCUGGAUCAGAUCAAAGCUGAGUUAGAAAGACGGUCUGAAGAUGUAAAUCAGAUCAUGGAUGAGACAAGACGGGAGAGGGGGAAGGUUGAAGAACUGGCUAUCCAAACUCAAAAAGAAAGAGAAGAAAUUGUGGGUUUUAUGGAAAAGAACAAACAAAAGCAGAACGAACUGGAACUCAUGAAUGACAAGAUUAAAAGAGAGAAACAAGACAUCGAAGAAAGUCGGGAUGUGCUAACAAAGGAGAGAGAGGAGCUGGAACAAAUGAGGAGUGAGAUACAGCAACAGAGAGAGGAGACAGAAUCUCACAUGGAAGACCAAAUGAAAGAGAAAGAACAUUUGGAACAAAUGACGACGGACAUGAAAAAACAGUUGCUAGAGGUGGAUAAUGACAAGGAAAUGAUAGAAAGCUCAAUGGUUGAACUGAGAGUGAAAGAGGCAGAAAUGGUGAGAGAAAAAGACAACAUGGAUAACAAGAUGGCUCGGCUCAAAGAGGAAGAGGAUGGAAUGCGGGAAGAAAUAGGAAGGAAGAUGGAUAUCUUAAAGCAGGAAAGCUGUGAAAUCAAAAGACUUAGAGAUGAAAUUGACAGUGAAAAGGACCAGCUGAAUGCAAAAUUGCUUGAGUUGGAAAAAAUGUGUGAAGAACUAGAUAGAGAGAAGAAGGAAGUGAAAGACAGGAAGGAUGAAACACUGAAAGAGAAAGAUCAGUUGGAAGAGAGGCGAGGUGAGAUAAGUAAGGAGAAAGAGGAAUUGGAUAUCAGUCUUGAACUGAUGAAAAGACAAAGGGAAGACUUGACAAGCUUGAAGGCUGAAGCAGAAGCACAGACCGAGCCUAUGGAAAUAGACUGGAAGGAAAAGCUCACGAGGGAAAGACAACAACUUGAAGAUGUAAAGGAGGAGAUACAGAAGGAAAAAGAAGCCUUUGAGAGAAAGAAGGGAUUGACCAUGAAAGAAAGAGAUGAGUUUGAUCUGAUGAAGUCUGAAACCCAGGGACAAUUGGAGGAAAUAGAACAAAACAAACAAGACAUUCGUGUGGAGAAGGAAAAGCUGGAUCAGAUCAAAGCUGAGUUAGAAAGACGGUCUGAAGACAACAAACAAAAGCAGAACGAACUGGAACUCAUGAAUGACAAGAUUGAAAGAGAGAAACAAGACAUCGAAGAAAGUCGGGAUGUGCUAACAAAGGAGAGAGAGGAGCUGGAACAAAUGAGGAGUGAGAUACAGCAACAGAGAGAGGAGACAGAAUCUCACAUGGAAGACCAAAGGAAAGAGAAAGAACAUUUGGAACAAAUGACGACGGACAUGAAAAAACAGUUGCUAGAGGUGGAUAAUGACAAGGAAAUGAUAGAAAGCUCAAUGGGUGAACUGAGAGUGAAAGAGGCAGAAAUGGUGAGAGAAAAAGACAACAUGGAUAACAAGAUGGCUCGGCUCAAAGAGGAAGAGGAUGGAAUGCGGGAAGAAAUAGGAAGGAAGAUGGAUAUCUUAAAGCAGGAAAGCUGUGAAAUCAAAAGACUUAGAGAUGAAAUUGACAGUGAAAAGGACCAGCUGAAUGCAAAAUUGCUUGAGUUGGAAAAAAUGUGUGAAGAACUAGAUAGAGAGAAGAAGGAAGUGAAAGACAGGAAGGAUGAAACACUGAAAGAGAAAGAUCAGUUGGAAGAGAGGCGAGGUGAGAUAAGUAAGGAGAAAGAGGAAUUGGAUAUCAGUCUUGAACUGAUGAAAAGACAAAGGGAAGACUUGACAAGCUUGAAGGCUGAAGCAGAAGCACAGACCGAGCCUAUGGAAAUAGACUGGAAGGAAAAGCUCACGAGGGAAAGACAACAACUUGAAGAUGUAAAGGAGGAGAUACAGAAGGAAAAAGAAGCCUUUGAGAGAAAGAAGGGAUUGACCAUGAAAGAAAGAGAUGAGUUUGAUCUGAUGAAGUCUGAAACCCAGGGACAAUUGGAGGAAAUAGAACAAAACAAACAAGACAUUCGUGUGGAGAAGGAAAUGCUGGAUCAGAUCAAAGCUGAGUUAGAAAGCCGGUCUGAAGACAACAAACAAAAGCAGAACGAACUGGAACUCAUGAAUGACAAGAUUGAAAGAGAGAAACAAGACAUCGAAGAAAGUCGGGAUGUGCUAACAAAGGAGAGAGAGGAGCUGGAACAAAUGAGGAGUGAGAUACAGCAACAGAGAGAGGAGACAGAAUCUCACAUGGAAGACCAAAGGAAAGAGAAAGAACAUUUGGAACAAAUGACGACGGACAUGAAAAAACAGUUGCUAGAGGUGGAUAAUGACAAGGAAAUGAUAGAAAGCUCAAUGGUUGAACUGAGAGUGAAAGAGGCAGAAAUGGUGAGAGAAAAAGACAACAUGGAUAACAAGAUGGCUCGGCUCAAAGAGGAAGAGGAUGGAAUGCGGGAAGAAAUAGGAAGGAAGAUGGACAUCUUAAAGCAGGAAAGCUGUGAAAUCAAAAGACUUAGAGAUGAAAUUGACAGUGAAAAGGACCAGCUGAAUGCAAAAUUGCUUGAGUUGGAAAAAAUGCGUGAAGAACUAGAUAGAGAGAAGAAGGAAGUGAAAGACAGGAAGGAUGAAACACUGAAAGAGAAAGAUCAGUUGGAAGAGAGGCGAGGUGAGAUAAGUAAGGAGAAAGAGGAAUUGGAUAUCAGUCUUGAACUGAUGAAAAGACAAAGGGAAGACUUGACAAGCUUGAAGGCUGAAGCAGAAGCACAGACCGAGCCUAUGGAAAUAGACUGGAAGGAAAAGCUCACGAGGGAAAGACAACAACUUGAAAAUGUAAAGGAGGAGAUACAGAAGGAAAAAGAAGCCUUUGAGAGAAAGAAGGGAUUGACCAUGAAAGAAAGAGAUGAGUUUGAUCUGAUGAAGUCUGAAACCCAGGGACAAUUGGAGGAAAUAGAACAAAACAAACAAGACAUUCGUGUGGAGAAGGAAAAGCUGGAUCAGAUCAAAGCUGAGUUAGAAAGACGGUCUGAAGACGUAAAUCAGAUCAUGGAUGAGACAAGACGGGAGAGGGGGAAGGUUGAAGAACUGGCUAUCCAAACUCAAAAACAAAGAGAAGAAAUGGUGGGUUUUAUGGAAAAGAACAAACAAAAGCAGAACGAACUGGAACUCAUGAAUGACAAGAUUGAAAGAGAGAAACAAGACAUCGAAGAAAGUCGGGAUGUGCUAACAAAGGAGAGAGAGGAGCUGGAACAAAUGAGGAGUGAGAUACAGCAACAGAGAGAGGAGACAGAAUCUCACAUGGAAGACCAAAUGAAAGAGAAAGAACAUUUGGAACAAAUGACGACGGACAUGAAAAAACAGUUGCUAGAGGUGGAUAAUGACAAGGAAAUGAUAGAAAGCUCAAUGGGUGAACUGAGAGUGAAAGAGGCAGAAAUGGUGAGAGAAAAAGACAACAUGGAUAACAAGAUGGCUCGGCUCAAAGAGGAAGAGGAUGGAAUGCGGGAAGAAAUAGGAAGGAAGAUGGACAUCUUAAAGCAGGAAAGCUGUGAAAUCAAAAGACUUAGAGAUGAAAUUGACAGUGAAAAGGACCAGCUGAAUGUAAAAUUGCUUGAGUUGGAAAAAAUGCGUGAAGAACUAGAUAGAGAGAAGAAGGAAGUGAAAGACAGGAAGGAUGAAACACUGAAAGAGAAAGAUCAGUUGGAAGAGAGGCGAGGUGAGAUAAGUAAGGAGAAAGAGGAAUUGGAUAUCAGUCUUGAACUGAUGAAAAGACAAAGGGAAGACUUGACAAGCUUGAAGGCUGAAGCAGAAGCACAGACCGAGCCUAUGGAAAUAGACUGGAAGGAAAAGCUCACGAGGGAAAGACAACAACUUGAAAAUGUAAAGGAGGAGAUACAGAAGGAAAAAGAAGCCUUUGAGAGAAAGAAGGGAUUGACCAUGAAAGAAAGAGAUGAGUUUGAUCUGAUGAAGUCUGAAACCCAGGGACAAUUGGAGGAAAUAGAACAAAACAAACAAGACAUUCGUGUGGAGAAGGAAAAGCUGGAUCAGAUCAAAGCUGAGUUAGAAAGACGGUCUGAAGACGUAAAUCAGAUCAUGGAUGAGACAAGACGGGAGAGGGGGAAGGUUGAAGAACUGGCUAUCCAAACUCAAAAACAAAGAGAAGAAAUGGUGGGUUUUAUGGAAAAGAACAAACAAAAGCAGAACGAACUGGAACUCAUGAAUGACAAGAUUGAAAGAGAGAAACAAGACAUCGAAGAAAGUCGGGAUGUGCUAACAAAGGAGAGAGAGGAGCUGGAACAAAUGAGGAGUGAGAUACAGCAACAGAGAGAGGAGACAGAAUCUCACAUGGAAGACCAAAGGAAAGAGAAAGAACAUUUGGAACAAAGGACGACGGACAUGAUAAAACAGUUGCUAGAGGUGGAUAAUGACAAGGAAAUGAUAGAAAGCUCAAUGGGUGAACUGAGAGUGAAAGAGGCAGAAAUGGUGAGAGAAAAAGACAACAUGGAUAACAAGAUGGCUCGGCUCAAAGAGGAAGAGGAUGGAAUGCGGGAAGAAAUCGGAAGGAAGAUGGACAUCUUAAAGAAGGAAAGUUGUGAAAUCAAAAGACUUAGAGAUGAAAUUGACAGUGAAAAGGACCAGCUGAAUGCAAAAUUGCUUGAGUUGGAAAAAAUGCGUGAAGAACUAGAUAGAGAGAAGAAGGAAGUGAAAGACAGGAAGGAUGAAACACUGAAAGAGAAAGAUCAGUUGGAAGAGAGGCGAGGUAAGAUAACUAAGGAGAAAGAGGAAUUGGAUAUCAGUCUUGAACUGAUGAAAAGACAAAGGGAAGACUUGACAAGCUUGAAGGCUGAAGCAGAAGCACAGACCGAGCCUAUGGAAAUAGACUGGAAGGAAAAGCUCACGAGGGAAAGACAACAACUUGAAAAUGUAAAGGAGGAGAUACAGAAGGAAAAAGAAGCCUUUGAGAGACAGAAGGGAUUGACCAUGAAAGAAAGAGAUGAGUUUGAUCUGAUGAAGUCUGAAGCCCAGGGACAAUUGGAGAAAAUAGAACAAAACAAACAAGACAUUCGUGUGGAGAAGGAAAAGCUGGAUCAGAUCAAAGCUGAGUUAGAAAGACGGUCUGAAGACGUAAAUCAGAUCAUGGAUGAGACAAGACGGGAGAGGGGGAAGGUUGAAGAACUGGCUAUCCAAACUCAAAAACAAAGAGAAGAAAUGGUGGGUUUUAUGGAAAAGAACAAACAAAAGCAGAACGAACUGGAACUCAUGAAUGACAAGAUUGAAAGAGAGAAACAAGACAUCGAAGAAAGUCGGGAUGUGCUAACAAAGGAGAGAGAGGAGCUGGAACAAAUGAGGAGUGAGAUACAGCAACAGAGAGAGGAGACAGAAUCUCACAUGGAAGACCAAAGGAAAGAGAAAGAACAUUUGGAACAAAGGACGACGGACAUGAAAAAACAGUUGCUAGAGGUGGAUAAUGACAAGGAAAUGAUAGAAAGCUCAAUGGGUGAACUGAGAGUGAAAGAGGCAGAAAUGGUGAGAGAAAAAGACAACAUGGAUAACAAGAUGGCUCGGCUCAAAGAGGAAGAGGAUGGAAUGCGGGAAGAAAUCGGAAGGAAGAUGGACAUCUUAAAGAAGGAAAGUUGUGAAAUUAAAAGACUUAGAGAUGAAAUUGACAGUGAAAAGGACCAGCUAAAUGCAAAAUUGCUUGAGUUGGAAAAAAUGCGUGAAGAACUAGAUAGAGAGAAGAAGGAAGUGAAAGACAGGAAGGAUGAAACACUGAAAGAGAAAGAUCAGUUGGAAGAGAGGCGAGGUAAGAUAAGUAAGGAGAAAGAGGAAUGGGAUAUCAGUCUUGAACUGAUGAAAAGACAAAGGGAAGACUUGACAAGCUUGAAGGCUGAAGCAGAAGCACAGACCGAGCCUAUGGAAAUAGACUGGAAGGAAAAGCUCACGAGGGAAAGACAACAACUUGAAGAUGUAAAGGAGGAGAUACAGAAGGAAAAAGAAGCCUUUGAGAGAAAGAAGGGAUUGACCAUGAAAGAAAGAGAUGAGUUUGAUCUGAUGAAGUCUGAAACCCAGGGACAUUUGGAGGAAAUAGAACAAAUCCAGAAAGAAAGGGAGGAAAUGAAAAGUGUUAUUGAAGAUAUCAAGAGAGCAAAAGCUAAUCAGGAAGUGAUGGAAACGGAGAUUGUGACAAAGAAACGAGAAACAGAUAAUAUCAUGGAAAUGAUCUCAAAAGAAAAAGACAACAUGGACAAAAUGAAGAUUGAAAUGGAAAGAGAGAGGGACGAAUUUGAUAUCACCAAGUGCAAGAUGGUGACGGAGAUGGAUGAGCUGGGACAGAGAAAAGCUGAGAUCGAGAAUGAUAAAUAUGAAGCAGAAAUGUUGAUGGCUGAACUGAAAGAGGAAGAGCAAAGAAUGAAGGAAGAAAUUUGCAAGAUGAAAGACAGUCUCGAGCAGAUCAAAGCUGAAAUACAACCACAGAGAGAAGACAUUGAAAGCAAGAUGGAGGAGCUGAAUGUCCAAAAGGCUGAGAUGGAAAGUGUUAUGACAGAUAUCGACAGACAAAAAAAGGACAUGCAAAACCAAAGACAGCAAAUUGAACAAGACAAACAAAAGAUGAUAAAGGAAAAGGAUGAUCUGGAAAGGAUUAAGAUGGAGAUAGAAACACGAUCAGAACAUCUAGAAAACCUUUUGGAGAAAACAAAGAGGGAGAAAGAGGAUGCUGAGAUAAUGACUAUUCAAGUCCAGAAGGAAAGGAAGGAAAUUGAAAGUGUUGUCGAGGAGAACAACAAACGGACAGAGAAACUGGAAUUCAUGAAAACUGAGGUGGAUAAAGAGAAACGAGAAACAGAAAACAUCAAGGACAUGGUAACAAAGGAGAAGAUUGAAUUGGAACAGAUCAGGAUGGAGUUAGAGGCACGAUCUGAACAUCUAGACAACAUCAUGGACGAGACAACGAGGGAGAAAGAGAAUGUUGGUGACAUGACUGUCCAAAUGCAGAAAGAAAAAGAGGACAUUGAAAACUUGAUAGUCAACAACAACAGACAGAGAGAGGAACUGGAAUUGAUGAAAGCUGAACUAGAGGAAGAGAGAUCAGAGACUGAAAAUGUCAAGGAUGUGCUAUCAAAGCAAAAGAAUGAUCUUAAACAAAUGAAGAUUGAGAUGGAGAGAGAGAGAGAAGAAAUGGAUAACACCAAGGACAAUAUUGCAGUUGAUAUGAAUGAGCUGGAACAGAGAAAAGUUGAGAUGGAGAAUCGAAAAUAUGAAGCAGAAAAUUGGGUGGCUGAACUAAAAGAGGAAGGGCAACGAGUGAAGGAGGAAAUCUGCAAGAUGACGGAGAACCUGGAACAGAUCCACACAGGAAUACAACCACAGAGAGAAGACAUUGAAAGCAAGAUGGAGGAGCUGAAUGUAAAACAGGCUGAGAUUAAUAAGGCUAUGACAGAUAUCAACAGACAUAAAGAGGAAAUUCAAAAUCAAAGGGAAGGAAUACAACAAGACAAACAAAAGAUGCAAGAUGAAAAGGAUGAACUGGAACAGAUCAAGAUGGAGUUACAAACACGGUCAGAUUUCCUGGAAAACCUCAUUGAGGAGACAAUGGGGAAGAAGGAGAACAUUGAAAGUAUGGCUUUUCAGAUUCAGAAGGAAAGGGAGGAAGUUGAAAGUAUCGUUGAGGAUAUCAAGACAAGGAAAGCUGAUCUGGAAUUGAUGAAAGCAACGGCUGAAGUAGAGAAGCAAGAAACAGAAAACAUCAAGGAAAUGAUCUCCAGGGAAAAAGACAAACUAGAACAAAUGACGAUUGAAAUUGAAAGAGAGAAGGAAGAAAUUGAUAUCACCAAGGGCAAAAUUGAAAUGGAUAUGGAUGAGCUGGAAAAUAGAAAGGCUGAGGUAGAGAAUGGAAAACAUCAAUCUGAAAAACUGAUUGCUGAGUUGAAGGAAGAAGACCAAAGAAUGAGGGAGGAUAUCAGGAAGAUGAAAGAAAACCUAGACACUGAAAUACAGCUGAAGAGAGAUGAUAUUGAAAGUAAAAUGGAAGAGUUGGAUGUCAAAAAGAGAGAGCUGGAAAACAUGUUGACCGAUAUUUACAGAGAAAAGGAGGAACUACAAAACCAGAGAAAGGAAAUAGAAGAAGACAAACAAAAUAUACUAGAUGAAAAGGGUGGGCUGGAACACAUCAAGGCUGAUUUACAGAUGAAGAGCAAAAAGGAAAAUGUUGAGGGCAUGGCUGUCCAAUUCCAGAUGGAAAAGGAGGAAAUUCAAAGUGUCAUGGUAGAACCCGAGAUAAGAAGACAAGUACUGGAAUUUGCAAAAGUGGAGGUAGAGAAGGAAGAAACAGAGAAUAUCAAGGACAUUGUAUUAAAGGAUCAGAAAUAUCUGGAACAAAUGAAGAUUGAGAUGGAAAGAGGAAGAGAAAAAAUUGAUAAUACCAAGAUCAAGAUAGCGAUCGAUAUGGAAAGGCUGGAAGCGACAAAGGUUGUAAUAGAGAGACAACUGAAAGAAGAACAACAACAAAUGAGGGAGGAUAUCGAGAAGAUGAAAGACAACCAAGAGCAGAUCAAUGCUGAAAUACAAUUACAGCGAGAGGACAUUGCAGCCCAAAUGGCUAAGUUAAAUGUCAAAAAAGCAGAGUUGGAAAACAUUCAAGCUGAUCUAGACAGACAGAAAGUAGAACAUGAUGACAUGAGAAAAUACAUAUUUGUGGGAAAGAAUCCACUGGACGAGAGGAAUGCUGCCUUGCAAAAACAAAGGGAGGAGAUGGAUAAUAUCAUGGAACCAACAGCUGUGAUAAAGGCUGACAUACAAACACAGACAGAGCCCAUGGAGGAACAGCUCAAAGGGGACAUGGAAGAAGUUGAAGGUCAUGACAUAGACAAAGAGAAAGAGGACCUGGGACAAACCAACAGGCUGGCAAUGAUAGAGAGGGAUGAGUUGGUAUCCAUGAAGUCUGAAAUAGGAAAACAAAGACAGGAAAUAGAGGAGAACAAUCAAAAGAUACAGGAUGAGAAGGCUGAGAUUGAAAAGAUCAAGAAUGAUUUACAGAAACGGUCAGAGAAUCUAGACAACCUCGUGGAAGAGACAAAGAGGGAAAAGGAGAAUGUUAAGGACAGGGCUGCUCAAAUCCAGAAGGAUCAGGAGGGAAUUGAACGUGUUAUUGAGGAUAUCAAGACAAAGAGCCCUGAACUGGAAAUGUUGAAAGCUGAGAUAAAGACAGAGAAACAAGAAACAUUCAACCUGAAGGACAUGACAUCAAAGGAGAAACGUGACUUGGAACAAAUUAAGGUGAAGAUGGAGAAAGAAAUACAAGAACUGGAGAACACCAAGGACACGACAGAAAUUGAUAUUAGUCAGCUGGAACAAAGAAGGGUUGAGUUAGAAGGAGAAGAAGAUGGAAUGAAAAAUCUGCUGGCUUCACUGAAAGAGGAAGAGCAGAGUAUGAAAGUGAAUAUUGGGAAGAUGAAAGGAAAUUUAGAGCAGAUUAAUGCUGAAAUACAAGUACAGAGAGAUGACAUUGCAACACAAAUGGAAGAGUUAAAUGUCAAGAAAGAAGAGCUGGAAAACAUUCAACUGGACAUCGACAGACAAAUAGAACAGAUGGGCAAAACACAAAAUGCUAUGAUCAUGGAAAAGAAUGAACUGGAAGAGAAGCUUGCUGGCGAGCAAAAACAAACGGAGGAGGUAGAAGCCAUCAUUGAAAUGACAAAGAGGGAGAGGGAGGAUGUGGCGAGGAUAAAGGCUGAAACAGAGGAACAGAAAGAUCAAAUGGAAGACAAACUGAUGGAAACUCUGAAACACGACAGACAGGAACUUGAACGCCUGAAAGAAACAGAAAGAAAGGAGGAAACUAAGGGCAUUAAAGAGAAGACAGGAAGGGAGAUGGAGGGGUUAGAACGGGCUAACAUAGAGUCCCAGAGAGUGCUGGAAGAUCUGGAGAACGUUGUGGACGAAACCAUGGAGAACGAGGGUGCAGAGGAAAUGGCUAUCCAAAUACAAAAGCAAAUGGAGGACAAUGUGAGAAUCAUUGAGGAGAUGGAGCAAGAGAAGGCAUAUUUAGAGCUGAUGAACGUUAAGAUGCAAAGUGAGAGAGAAGAAAUAGACUCUAACAAGGCCAUGAUUGAAAGGGAGAAGGAUGACCUGCAACAAAUGAAGUCUAUGAUUACACGACAGAGAUGCGAAAUUGAACAAAUUACCGCAGUCUUAAGGGACGAGAGGGACACUCUUGAGCAAUUUAAGACUGAUAUGGAAAGACAGCGACAAGAGAUGAUGAACAAUAUGGACUUGGUGGAAAGAGAGAGAGAUGAACUGGGAAAGACAAGGUCGGAGAUGGAUGAGUUGGAACACAUGGCAGCUGAAACAGAAAGACAGAAGGAGAAGAUUGACAAAAGAAAGGGUGCAGCAAUGAUGGAGGCGCCUCCGCUGGAGAAAAGAGAAGACAGCGUUCAGAAACAGAGUGUUGAAGUUGUCUUCAUCUCAGAUUCAACACAGUCAGAAAAAAUAAAGGAUGAACCCGAACAAAGCGCAGUUGAGACACUUCAGACACAGGACGAAACGAUGGACUCAGUCAAGAAGGACAGAGAUGAUCUCGAACAAAUGAGAGCAACAGAUGAAAGGCUCCCAAAGAGAGAUCAUUUGGAGAAAAUCUGUCAGGAGGCUCAGGCAGAAAAGGAGGAGAUUGAGAAGAUUAAGCACAGAGUUCAUGAGAUGAAAGAACAUCUAGAGGGAAGACUAGCAGUGAUUCAGAGACACGAGUUGGUACAGAGAACAAGGAUACAAAGAGAGAAAGAAGAGCUAAAGAAGAUGAAGGAAGAGUUGGAGAGAGACAGCCAAGCUCGGCAAACAGAGUGGGACAGAGGCAGGAGGAAACUUCAGGAGAAGGACCAGGAGCUUGAGAUGCUAAAAGUGGAGAUGUUCCGAGAGAUCGAGAGACUGCAGGUUCAUAUGGAAAAAGAGAUGGAAACACUCGAGACAAGUGACAAAGGUGUCCAAACCUCAGACGUGGUAUUAACCAUAGAAGAAGAGAGAAUGUGGUUGAUGGAGGACUCAACGACGGAGGAGUACAGGAUGCUGGCAGAAGUAAGUCAAGAAACAGAGCAAACCACAGUGGAUAUGACAUUCGCCAGUUCAUCACUGGAGCUCCAGGGUCAAUCAGAGGAGCACACAGUGAUAGAGGAUGCUCAGAUGAGCGUCGUAAGAGCAGAAGCUUCUCCAUUCAGCAGGUUGCUACGGUGGCUUUGGCGCUACUGCUGUGGCUGCUGCCGCUGUUGUGACUGCUGCAGAAGGGAGUGUGAAGAAGAAGAGGAGGAGAACAUAGUCUAGUCCCAACUAUAUCAGUGGGGCUUAAAAUAAAUGAAUUUGCUAUGUAUAAAGGCUGUGUGGGGAAAAAAUCUGGUUCAGUAAUAUGAAUUGUGAAACAACACCAUCAGUUAUCAUUCAUUCAGUUACAUCACGUAUGAUCUCUAUUCUACGAUGCACAGCAGAGAUGCAAAAUCAUGUCGAGAUGAUGAUAUGCAACAACCUGAUUUAUUGUGUUGUAAGGUUUGUUCAGUAUUGCAGUGUUAUGUAUUUACAAUGAUGGUCAACUAAGUUUGCACUGAAUUAUAGAUCUAGAGAGAGCAACAUGUAGCUUUAUUUAUUUGUUAUAUUUAUUAUGAAACAUGUAUUUAUUAUAUCUCUUUACAGCUUUUGUUAAAGGUGCACUGGAUACUGAAUGGACUCUUAUCACGAUUUGUCGUCAUAAUUUGUCAAAACAAGUUAUUUCUAUUACUUUUAGUUGUCUUAUUUUUAUACACACGGAAUUUGCAGUAAACAAAGCGCUAUUCUAUCAUUUUCUCAGGGACAGCUGUUGUUCUUUAAGCCAGUAUUUUGUAAGUGUAAAAGCCUUGUAAAUUAAUUUAUAAGCGUGUCAUUAAAAUGUAUUUCAUUUGGUUA